AUGUUGAAUGUCAUUGCAAUUCAACAGAAUGAACAAAGAACUGAAAAUCAAGUCGAUAUUCAUCAAAUCGAUUGUUCCGGUGAUAAAGUAUCAUCGUCUUCAUCAGCAGCCACAACAACAACAACAACACCAAAGAACACUUCUGUGAAAUCACAUUGUACAUUGAACAAAUCAAAUGGUAAUAAUAAUACUAAUAAUAUGAUGGUAUUUCAAAAUACUCCAUCAGGUGUUGAAAUUCCCCAUUUAUCAUCAUCAUUGUCAUAUGAUAGUCAUAAAAUGAAAGCACACUAUCGUCGUUGGUUAGCUAAACAAAAACAUUUACAACAGAGAAGUUUAAAAGAGAAUCGAUCAUUUGAAGCGUUACUUCAGGAAUAUUAUGAAAGACGUCAAAAACGUUUAGAUAAAAAUAAACCGAAACAAAUUGAAGAUUUUCUACAAUGUGAACCAAAGAAAGGUGAAGGAAAACACUUUAUUGAAAUUCGUUUAAUACGUACAUCUGCACCAGUAGAUAUUAAUUCUGAAUCUAGCCUUAAAUUAUCGCAUAAAAUUUAUGAAAAAUAUCAAAUUCACAUACAUAAUGAUAAGAAAGAUGAUUGUGUUUGGGAGAAAUUUGAACGUUUCUUAAUUAAAUCACCGUUAGUAUUGGAUAAUUUUGAAUGGAAUUCCACUUCACCAAUGUUUGGCUCCUACCAUCAACAAUAUUGGCUUGAUGGUGAACAGUUGAUUGCUGUCGGUGUUAUUGAUCUACUUCCAAAAUGUCUUUCAUCAGUUUAUGUUUUCUAUGAUCCAAACUAUGCAUUUCUUCAUCUUGGCACAUAUACUGCAUUACGUGAAAUUGCAUUUGUUCGCCAUUUAUCUAGAACAUAUGGUCUAAUAAAUUCCAACCAACCAGAUUCAUUCUAUUCAAAUUUCAAUUCCUACUAUAUGGGUUAUUAUAUACAUACAUGUCGUAAAAUGGCCUAUAAAGCACAAUAUGGUCCAGCUUAUUUAGCAUGUCCAGAAACAUACAAUUGGAUACCAAUUAAUGAUUGUUUACAAGCAUUAAAUAAUUUGAAAACUAGUAAAUAUACACGAUUCUCACCGCUGUCUGCUGUCGAUAUCGAUUUAAUCCCUGAAACAAUGGAUAUAGAGACAUUAGAUUCACAAAUCUAUUUUUACAUAGAACACAAUAGAAAUAAAAAUACUACUAAUAAAAAAGUCUCAUCAUCAUCUUCAUCUUCAUCGUCGUCAUCAUUGUCAUUAUCAACUUAUACAAAAGAAGAUUUUCUUCGAAAUCCACCAAUCUCACUACUGACUAUACGUUCAUAUUUAAAUAAACAAGCUAUUCCAGUAUUUCGUGAAUGGGCUAAACUAUUAGGUAAACGUGUAUUGACUGGACAUUUUCAAAUUAUUAUUCAUUCAAAUUGAUGACAAGAGAAAGAAACAUUGAAAACAAGCAGUCGACUAUUGUACAUUGAACACACUUGUUCAUUCAACUAUGAAAAUUGGCGGGAGAUAGAGUUUUUUAAGAAAAAAAAUCAUGAUUUUUAUCAAGAUUUGAUUUGAUUGGUCUAGUUUAUUGUUGAAUUGAAAUUUUUCUGUUUCAUUCAAAGAAUUUGUAUAAUAACUUUAUUUUGUUUGAAUUUCUAUUGGUUCAUCUGUUUACUUGUAAACGAAUUGAUGCAUACAGGAGUCUCUACAUUAACAGAUAAUAAUAAUCUCGUUAUCAUUUCAUGAAUGAUGAGCAAUAUAUU